UCAACAUAUAUCGAUGACAUUUCAUUAUUGUUAGGUUACAUUGAACGAACAUACGUGGAACUAGUUUAAUUGUUCUAUCAAAAUAUCAAAAACUGAAAGAAGUUAUUAGUAAAAAAUGGCUCCAACGCGUAGAAACAAGCAAGGAUUGUUAGCCAGAGUGAAUUUUCCAUUGUAUACUGUGCAAAUGUUAACUAGUCGACAUAUUAUGGUUGGAGGUGGAGGAGGGACUGCGAAAACAGGUGUAGCCAAUGGAUUUGAGAUAUAUGAACUUUCACACGAUGGAGAGAAAUUCAUUGUAGAGGAGGUGAUCCGUCAUGAAACUGGCAGCAGUGUUGUUAUGAAUUGUGCAGCAUUCAGUGAUAGAAAACAUAGUUACAUAGUUGCUGGCCAAGAGAGCCAUUGCCAAUUAUAUAAUGUUAAAAAGGAAUUAGUAGUAAAUAGCACAGAGAAUAUCGAGAAUGAGGGAACUAAUGGUGUGAGGCACAGAAGGAAUUCAUACAAAAAGGAGUCUACAUCAAAGAAUAACAAUUAUAAACGUUUAACAUUUUUGAUUAAAAGUGGUGAUAGUGUACAGACAGAUUUUUAUAAAGAUGAACCAAUCCAAAGAGUUGUUAGGAUAUGCCCAUCAGGAAAAUGCAUGGCAACAGGUGGUACAGAUGGUAUAGUCAGACUAUGGAACUUUCCAAGUCUUCAACUGAAGCAUACACUGAAAGCACACAAAAAGGAAAUCGAUGAUAUAGACUUUUGUCCAUUUGGUGCCUAUUUGGUUACUAUAGCGAAAGAUGGUUUGGCUAUACUUUGGGAUUACAAAACUGGUAAAGAGAAACAAAAGUUGAGUUGGAAGCAGCCAGAGGGAUCAAAAUAUUUAUUUAAAAGAUGCAGAUUUGGACCAGUUGAAGGGGAGAAGAAUGUGAGUGCAUUGUAUAUGCUUAGCAAUCCUACUGGAGUAGCCAAGAAACAAAAGUCGUAUCUUCAAAGGUGGAAUCCAGAAGAUGGAUCUAUCAAUAGGGUAUCUGCUGUGGAUGAGAGUAUUUCUGCGCUGGCAGUGAGAGACGAUGGCCGAUUCGUUGCUAUUGGUACAAUGUUCAGCGGUUCCAUUUGUAUUUACAUUGCCUUUAGUCUACAGAAAGUACUGCACAUCCCUGGUGCACAUUCCAUGUUUGUAACUGGAUUAGAGUUUUUGCCGGUGUCAUCUGAGAAGGAGCACACCGUAACGAGUAUUUCAGAAGCUUCGGUCAUAUCAAUUUCAGUUGAUAAUCAAGUUUGCGUCCACAGCUUGCCUUAUAGACAUUCGAUGCCGAUGUGGUUAGCCAUUUUAAUAAUAGUCGUUGUACUGUUUCUGACGUUUGUGUUUUGUUCGUAUCUAGGAAUUUAAAUAAUUAGGAUUAUUUAAUAAUUUUUCCUUGGGUUGAAUGAAACAAUUAGCCAAUUUUUUCGGAAUACUCAGAGAUGAUUCUUUUUUUUGUGUCAAUAAUGAUUACAUGUUUUUUAUUAAAAAACUCUUCUGGUUAGUUAACUAGUUUAUGUAAAUUAGAUUAAUAUAAUUUUA